AUAUUUCUCUACCCACAGACCCCUGUUUCUCUCCCAGAAACACUGUUCCUCUUCUUUCUCGGUGGGUUUGGCAGAAAUUUUAGCUGAUAAACCAGACCAACAUUGCCAUUUUUCCUAAUCAAUCUACCAUUGUUGGUAGUCUUUUGAGGAGAUAAAUGGGUUUGUCUUGGGACCUAUAAGUACCUUUCCCAUUUAGUAGUUAUUUUUGUUGCAGAGCAGAUCUGUCUUCCUAUCUGCAUUUGGGUUUUGCUCUUUAUGCUUGAAAGUUGAAAUUAUUGAGUAUGGAUUACUUCGGGAGGUUUCUGAGACUCACUUCCAUGGCUACUCUGCUUCUGCAUUUACUACUUGUUUGUCUUCCUUGUGCUCUUGCUGGGCAUGACUAUAGUCAGGCUUUAAGUAAAAGCAUUCUCUUCUUUGAAGCUCAGAGGUCUGGGUACCUUCCCAGUGACCAGAGAGUUACAUGGAGAGGAGAUUCUGGUCUGCGUGAUGGAAAGAUUAAUGGGGUGGAUUUGGUUGGAGGCUACUAUGAUGCAGGGGACAACGUGAAGUUUGGACUUCCCAUGGCCUUCACCAUAACAAUGAUGUCCUGGAGCAUAGUAGAGUACAGGAAGCAAAUGGCUUCAAGUGGAGAGCUUGGUCAUGCCAUGAAAGCUGUCAGGUGGGGAACUGACUACCUCAUUAAAGCUCACCCACAACCAUAUGUUUUGUACGGAGAGGUGGGAGAUGGGAACACUGACCAUUACUGCUGGCAACGGCCGGAGGAUAUGACGACAGAUCGCCAAGCAUACAAGAUCGACGUUAACAACCCUGGAUCUGAUCUCGCCGGAGAAACUGCAGCGGCAAUGGCUGCCGCUUCUCUCGUCUUCCGCCAGUCUGAUCCCUCUUACGCCAAUGAACUCCUCACCCACGCUAAACAGCUUUUCGAAUUUGCGGAUAAAUACAGGGGAAAAUACGACGGCAGUAUUACAGUGGCGCAGAAAUACUACAGAUCUUAUAGUGGCUACGCUGAUGAGUUGCUAUGGUCUGCCGCAUGGUUGUAUCAGGCAACCAAUGAGGAGUAUUACUUGGACUACCUGGGACAAAACGGUGACUCCUUAGGUGGAACCGGUUGGUCCAUGACCGAAUUCGGAUGGGAUGUGAAGUACGCCGGUGCCCAAGUUCUUGUUUCCAAGUUCCUAAUGGAAGGGAAGGGGCAAAAAUACGCUUCAGUGUUCGAGAAAUACCAGCAGAAAGCAGAGUACUUCAUGUGUUCAUGCCUCGGGAAGGGAAGCCGGAAUGUGCAGAAGACACCGGGAGGUCUCCUCUACCGGCAAAGGUGGAACAAUAUGCAAUUCGUCACCAGCGCUUCUUUCCUUCUCACUGUUUACUCCGAUUACAUCUCCUCCGCUCGGAAAACCGUUUCCUGUCCUUCCGGUUCUGCUUCCUCUUCCGACCUUCUCAACUUCGCCAAGUCUCAGGUGGAUUACAUACUUGGAGACAAUCCGAGAGCCACAAGUUACAUGGUGGGCUACGGGAACAAUUAUCCACAACAGGUUCACCACAGGGCAUCCUCCAUUGUUUCCAUUAAGGUCAACCCCAGCUUCGUUAGCUGCCGUGGAGGGUAUGGCACAUGGUUCAGCCGUAAGGCUAGUGACCCAAAUCUCUUGACCGGUGCCAUCGUCGGUGGCCCAGAUGCCUAUGACGACUUCGCUGAUCAGAGAGACAACUACGAGCAGACAGAGCCCGCUACCUACAACAAUGCUCCCCUUCUUGGUGUCUUGGCCCGACUCCACGCUGGCUAUGGCGGUUACGAUCAGCAAUUACCUGUUUCACCUCCGGCUGAGACUGUCGGUAGCAAACCAAAUCCAACUCCUUCUCCAGUUAAAUCUUCUGCUCCGUUCACAAUCGAGCAGAAGGCAACAUCUUCAUGGAAUGCAAAGGGAAAAACAUACUUUAGAUACUCGACAGUGGUGACCAAUGUAUCUGGGAAGACAGUGAAGGACCUGAAGCUUUCCAUAUCGAAACUGUACGGUCCACUUUGGGGCCUCUCCAACUCCGGCGGAGCCUCUUACGGAUUUCCGUCGUGGCUCAAAUCUUUGGGUGCCGGUAAGAGCCUGGAAUUCGUGUAUAUCCAUUCAACCUCUGCUGCUGAUGUAUCAGUGUCAGGUUACACGUUGUUUUAGAGAG